AUGGAGACUUUGCUGACGGCUCCGUUCUCUGAGAUCCACAGGGCUCUCCUGCCUCCCUGCUGCUUCGCUGCCCGGUGGCUGUCCAGCUGUAAGGUGAGCAGGGGCCUGCUGCACUGCUACAAACUGCUCUGCCUGCCAGAGGACGAGAGCAGCAGCCCGGAGGAGGUGAAGGAAGCCAAUCUGAGGCUGGCUAAGGAGCUCCACCCUGACAGCGGCUCUGCCAGGGCAGACGCAGGGAAGUUCUCCCAGGUACAGGAGGCCUGCAGGACUGUGCUGGUACACCUAGCAGGAAGGAGGAGGGCUGCCGCAGGUGAGGAGCAAGAGGAGGAGGAUGAGAAGCAGAAGCGGCAGGCGCCCCAGCACAGGCAGUACCUGAGCUUCGAGGGGGUGAGAAUGGGGACGCCCAGCCAGAGGGAGCAGCAGUACAGACAGUUCCGGGUGGACAGAGCUAUGGACCAAGUGCUGGACUACCGGAGGCGCAGCCUAGAGCGGCAGUCUUCGGAGGACGCCUUGACGGCCAGCGAGGUACGGAGGACUAAGAAUAUCAAGAUCACCCAGGCCAUCGAGAGGCUGGUGGAGGACCUCAUCCAGGAGUCCAUGGUCAAGGGGGACUUCAGCAACCUGAGUGGCAAGGGGAAGCCCCUCAGCAAGUUCAGCCACAGCAACCCAUACGUGGACCCCAUGACCCACAACCUGAACCGCAUCCUCAUCGAGAACGGCUACCAGCCCCAGUGGAUCGUGGCGCACAAGGAGAUCCGCGAGACCAUCGCCCAGCUGAGGGCAGACCUGCUGGUGUCCGGUAGGAAGCUCGGGGAGCCCCUCACCCCCUCAAAGCAGAAGCAGUGGCUCCUCAACUGUGAAGCCUUCAGGGCAGACCUGGCCAGGCUCAACAAGAGGGUGGACGGCUUCAACUUGAUCGUGCCCCUGCUGAGCCAGCAGAUGGUGCAUUUCAGUGCGGAGAGGGAGCUGAAGAGGGCACUGCACGCCUACCAGGAGCUGAGGGAGGAGCAGAGAAACUCAGAGGAGAAGGCGGGGACUGGGGAGGAUGGGGAUCCCAAAGGGGGCCUUUUUACAUGGGUUCAAAACCUGUUCAAAUAA